UGGGCAUUGACGGAUUUCGGAUUCACGGUUGGGCACGGUGCAAGGUAGGCAACUGUCAUCCAGAUGGAAUGACGAUCCGCCAUGGAAUCUUGCCGGUGUCCGGCCGCCACUUUUUUUCUUUUGCUCUACUCUUUUUUACGUCGUUUAUUGGUUCUUCCUGUCGGUUUCCCUUGCAAGAGCUCACAGGAGUCCGGUGUGGUCAUUUUCGUGUUUUUAUGGGCAGUUUCCCUGGGCAACAUCUCGACACCCGGCUGGUCCUGUGUGUUCUUCACUUUAGCACUUGGUGGAGUUGUCUUGCUUUUUCAUUCUCAUCGCCUUACACUGGACUACACCUAAUCUUUAGUGCUUUCUUCUCCCCCUUCUUUGCGCAUCAGCGUGUUGGUCACUCUUCCGUCGAUUUGUCCCAGUUUGAUACCUUGUGCUUUAUAUAAUUCGCCCUUGUUUUUUACUUCUUUCUUCGUUUUUAUUUUCAUUUCAUUUGAUUUCUGAUUUAGUUU